AUGCCACCCAACAACAGAGAAAUAGAUAACGAAGAAGAUGAAGACGAAUACUUCCUCCCCCUGCAAGAUCAACGAGUCUUCGGCGCAGGGAUCCGUCGCAAGCGCGUGCCGUUCGUGCGCUCCUCCGAACAACAUCAGCAACAUCUCUCUACCACACGAGUAUCAUCCUCUGAGCCAGCAACCCCUUCUACUUCGACCGGGCAAAGUAUAGCGAAUAAAUACCUCUCGAUUGUUCUGUCGAAGUCGAAAUCGAAUCCGGCUACUCCUCCUACAGAAUCACAACCUACACCGGAAUCAGAACCGAGUUCGGAUUCACGAUCACAUAGUGAGCAGAAGGAGGAAGGAGGAGAAGAUGUUGAGAUUUGUCCCGUGUGUAACCUUCCCUACACUACGCCUACACAUGACACAUCAGACGGAGGAAUAGAAGGAGGAACAGGAGAAAGGAGGAGGCAUAUACAUGAAGCUACACUCCCGCAUCAACUGAGUCUCCCGCAUUCGCAUCCGCCGUCUCAUCUUGAUCGCACACGUCCCGGACUGCGCUACUUAGCUGCGUACGGCUGGGAUCCGGAUUCGCGGGUGGGAUUGGGACCUCAAGGAAGAGAGGGAAUACGGGAGCCGGUGAAGGGGAAGGUGAAGGAGGAUACGGUGGGGUUGGGGGCUGUUGUUCCUGAGGUUAAGGAUAAGAGUGGAGAUAAAGGUGGGAGGGGGAGGGUGCAGAAGAAGAAGGUGUUGAAUGCGAAGGAGGCGAGGAAGGGACAGUUGGAGGAGAGGAAGAAGGGGGAGAGGUUACGGGAGUUGUUUUUCCAGGAUGAGGAUGUGUUGAGGUAUCUUCAUGGGAAGUAG